AUGAAUUCAAAUUAUCAGGAAAUUUCAACAUUAUCAAUCAAGCAAAUAUCCCACGAUCCAAAUUCACGUCGGUUUGAAAGAACAGGAACUACUUUAGGUAGAGUUGCAACUUUUGCAAAUGGAGGACCAAUGGAUGGAGGUGAUAAUUUAAUUGGUAAAGUAUUAACUAAUUUGGGUAAUUUAAGAGAUAGACGUAAAAGUCGAGCAAGUUCAAAUGAUGAAGGUCAUAAUUAUUUUAGAAGUAAUCAUGAUAAUAGAGAAAAUGAAAGCAUCUUCUAA